AUGAGUGAUGAGUGGGAGAGUAUUAAGCUGUCCAAGGAGCGGGAUUCACUUGCUCUGACUUCGAGGAAAUUGGCUAGAGAUUUGGCGAAGGCACAAGUACUUCGUGAGAGUUUGAAGGAGAUGUUGAGGAGUACUGGAGAUAAAGAAAUUGCUGCAAAGGAGAUGGUGGAGAAGUUGAUGGGAAAAAGAGUGAAGGUUGGGAAUGAUAGGUUGCCAAACACUGGGUGUGACUCUGAUUGGGAACACAGACUGAGUUCAAACCAUGUUGAAAAAGACACCGAACUGGGAGUGUUUGGGACAAAGAGUACAGGGGUAUUGGCAGUAAAAACAGAUGGAGAAACAUGUUUCUAUGAGAAGUACUUGGAGGAAGGAGUGUGGAAAGAGCAUAGUGUGCAGUACCAUUUAGAUGUUUGA